AUGAAAUUGGCCGAGGCUCUUGCUGAACGUGCUGAAGCGCAGCAAAGAUACGAAAGAAUUCGCGCGCGUCUUAACAACGUUGCCAAAAUACAAGAAGAUGACGAGCCCGCCGAAGAUUCACAGGAGCUUCUGCGGGAGGCGGAGAAGCUCUUGGAUCGCAUGCAAUUCCUGAUCCGGCGGAUCAAUCGGACGAACCUUGCGUCGCAGCUGAGCGAUGAAGAAACCAUUACGGAUGCUAUUGCGCGGAGAGAUAUUUUACAUAAGCGCCGAAAGCUGUACUCAGACCUUGCAACCCAAGCGGGCUCCUCUGAGGACCGCUAUUCGCGCUCCGAGCUGCGCUACGUGGCCACGGUGAAUGUGCGUGAUCUGCAAAAGAAGGUCGACCUGAUCUCCAAAGAAUACCGCCAGCUCGACACCGAUAUCCAAAAGGCAAAUUGGCAAGUGGAUCUAUUGUAA